GAGAUGGCGAAGAGCCUGAGGAGCAAAUGGAAGAGGAAGAUGCGGGCGGAGAAGAGGAAGAAGAACGCGCCCAAGGAGCUGGAGAGGCUGAAGAAAAUCCUGGGAGCCAACGCGGAUGUCGUCAUGGAGGAGGUCAAGGAGGUGGCGACCGUCCUGCCCGCCAAGAAAGUCCUGGAGCAGGGGGAUGACUGCAAAAUGGACAUAGAUAAUAAACGAAACAAAAAAACUCUUCUAGACCAGCAUGGACAGUACCCGAUAUGGAUGAAUUCCAGGCAGAGAAAGAAGCUUAAGGCACAGCGUGUUAAAGGGAAAAAAAAAUCAAAAUUGGCCAAAGGUCUAGCCUGGUAAAAUAGGAGUUUUGUAAGAUCGUGAAUAUUUUACUUGCAAAAUAAAUAUCCCAGAUAAGUACAUGAUAAUUUUGUGCUUGGCCACCGAGUAUAAUUUAUUGUGUUGCAUGAACUUUUGAAGAGACUGUUAGGCCAGCGAAUGAUGAAAGCAAUAUCAACUUGGUGUCUGCUGAACUUAUACAAAAAGCAAGCGGAGUGCCUUUGAAUAGA